UCGCGUUACUUAUCCUAGUACAGCUCUAGUGUGUUUACAAGUUAACUAUUAAAAAAAAAACAAAAAAAAAAAAAUUGCCAGAAGCCCGAAAAAAAAAAUAAAACUACGAACUAAACCCGAAACUGGUGAUGAGUGAACUAAAACGCGUCAGUGUUCACCAUGGGCUUAAAUACAACGGAGUUGUUUAGUCCCCCACCAUAAUACUAUACAUAUAGUGACGAUUGCACGUCCGGAUUUGUAACGUUCGUUGGUUCUUUGUACUAACUAGUAAAAUUCAUCCCCGAUUCACUUACCCCUCCACACUCACAACUCACACAAUCCCAGUUAAGUAGAGAAGAGGAAGAAAGGAGAAAGAUGCUGAAGACUCGUGCGGUCGUACUAUAUAUAUAUAUAUUUAUGCGUCCCUCGAGGAAAAAGCCCGCGAAAUCCUCCCAUCAGCUGUCCCGGUAUAUAACUAGGCUGCUCCAGGUUGCCAUUGCCAGGUACUUGGUACUUGUGGGGGUUAGAUCAAUGCUGGAUACUGGAUACUGGAUUUAAUUUUAGAUUCUCUCUGGGUGCUUCAUUUCAUGCUCAAUGCUGGAUUAAAAGUUAAUAAAAAAAAGAUAAAGACUUAUACUGUAUAGGUGACAAUGAAAGAAAGAUCCGUUGGUUUUUUAAGCGAGUAACAACACUAUCAAUGGGAAUCGCAGGCUCGCACAUCGGAUGGACAUCACCGAGUCUUCCUUACCUAAAAUCAGAAAUUUCUCACUUGCCGAUGAGCAACGACGACAGUUCGUGGAUUGCCUCGUUCUUCCUUUUAGGAUCAGUGCCAGGAAACCUCCUGGCUGCGUUCAUCGUCGACACGAUUGGAAGGAAGCUCAGCCUCCUAUUAGCAGGCGUUCCCUUGACUUUGGGCUGGCUGCUGAUAAUCUUCGCGCGCAAUGCUUACUACCUCUACGCUUCGAGGUUCAUCAGCGGGUUCGGGAUGGGCAUAGUCUACGUAGUUUGCCCGAUGUAUAUCGGCGAAAUCGCGGAUAAGAAGAUUAGAGGUGCUUUGGGGACCUUUAUUAAAUUGAUGGUCACCUUCGGGGAGCUUUACUCCCACGCUGUUGGACCCUUUACGGGAUUUCACGAACUGACCUGCGCGUGUUUAUUGAUUCCGCUCGUUUUUUUUAUGACUUUUAUAUGGAUGCCUGAAUCGCCGUACUAUCUAGUGAUGAAGGGUAAACACCAAGAGGCAGAAGAUUCUCUCAAGACACUCAAGAGGUACAGUACCAAAAACGGCCUCCAGGAAGACAUGGACCAGAUGACCAAAGCAGUGUUAAUGGACAUGAAGAGCCGAGCUGGCUUCCGCGAUAUUUUCAUGACCGAGGGUAACCGCAAAGGAUUAACAAUUUGCUUUGGUCUCCAACUAAUCCUCCAAUUCAGUGGAAUCGCGGCGAUUGAAUCGUACACUCAAGAAAUAGUAGCUCCAAGCGAGUCAGGCCUAGCUCCAGGAAUCUCAGUAAUUAUCCUGAGCGUCUGCCAACUGGUAGCAGGGCUGGGCGCUGCUGUCCUGGUGGACAAGCUCGGAAGAAGACCUUUGCUAUUGAGCACUACCUUGUGCGCAGCUGUGGUUCUUAUGGUCAGCAGCGCCUUCUAUAUCCUUAAAAUAGAACUCGGGUGGCCUCUAAAAGGCCUCGGUUGGAUACUAGACUCUUCCGUGAUCCUCUAUGAGUUCAUAAUCGCUUUAGGACUGAACCCUCUGCCUUAUAUGAUGCUCGGCGAGCUCUUUCCGACAAAUGUCAAAGGAGUUGCUGUCUCUAUGGCCAAUAUUUGGGGCUCCAUGCUCGCAUUCUUCGUCGCUAAAAUGUUCCAAGUGGUAACAGACACUUGUGGAAUGUACGCCAGCUUCGCUUGGUUCGCUGCUUCUUGUGUGCUUGGUCUGGUUUUCAUUCAGUGGUUCGUUCCCGAGACCAAGGGCAAGUCUCUCGGGGAAAUUCAAGACGAACUUAAUUGCAGGAAGAAGGUUAAGACUAUUAAUCAGGAGGUUUAUAUUAAGACGAUUGAUUUUUAGGUAAAUUUUCUGGAAUUUUUCUCUAUUGGAUUUUUUAGGAAAUUAUUAACAAUUUU